AUGAAGGUCUCUGUCCAAUUUGUCACCGUCGCCCUUGCGGCUUCUGCUGCAGCUCACCCUCAGAAUGGUAGAAAGGGACCGCCCAGCAGCACCACAUCUGGCAGUGCUACUUCAAGCACUGCAGUUCCUUCCAAGGGUUCCAUGUAUAACCUACCCUUCAUGCCUACAUGGUUCUUCCGAGACUCUUCGCAGAACAAGUGUAUCGGCGCCUACAACGCCUGCUUGAUCGCCAAAUCAAGCGACCAAUCGUCCUGCGCCUCCGACUACGCAUCAUGUAUCAAGACCGCUGCCUCCUCUGGUGCCCCCUCUGGUGUCUCUGCAACCUCUACCAAGCCACCUCCUUCUGCAACUGGAAGCACGACCGCCUCGCGCACCACAGGUCGACCCCAGCUACCUACAAGUCUCCGACAAUGGUGGGGUCAAGAGCAGGGUCGUCGACGUUGCCGAUACGAGCACUACACUUGUAUUCGAGACAAGUCCAGCGACAAGGCUGACUGUGAUGACAAGAGGGCCUCUUGCUUUGCAUCAAUCAAGACUGUCACUGCAACUACUGGUCCCACUAGUAUCCCGACCAGGUCAGCAGCUACUGCUACUACUACUACUGGUACAAGCUCUGCCGCUGUCACUUCUUCAACCACCGUUGUUGACGCUGGCGCUGCACCUACCGCCACUGAUGCUCCUCUCAAUGCCGAUGAUCCUUCUUUUGACGAUGACAGCGACGACUCAACAUAA